AUGGAGUUUAAGCAGUGGGUGGAGAAUCGUUACCGGCAUCCGGUUGUGUUGGUGUUUGCUAGUCCCAUGACAGAACAGGCAUGUCGGCGUAAUGGCAUGGAUUUAGUUCAGAUGCUCCGACCCUUCUCUGUUCAUCCAACGGAGCUCUUUGCCCACAUUGGAGAUCGCGCUGACACUAUACAGGUGCGCAAAUUCGGCGUACGAUUCACGCGUCUGGAUUGUGUGCGUGAGGUGGAGGCGCUGCAGUCUGCACGUUACUUCCGUCACUUGCUGCGUGAUCACGUGGCGAUGGAGUUGGCAUACGGGGAACAACUGGACCGUGCCAUGUCGUUUUUAUUGAAGGAAAAUGGUGGCGUUGUGGAGGAGCCACGGCUUUCUGCGCAGGUGGCAUCGCAGCUGUUGGAGCGUUCCCACCCUGCGUGGUACUCACAAUUUAUUCGCGACUACGCGUAUGUGGUGCGCUGCAGCCACUUUGAUACCAUUGACCACCCGGUGGGGUGCAUUUACGCCGCCUCGACACUUGAGGAAGGUGGCAUUGAUGGUAUUAUGCGGGAAUUUAGAGAACAACAAAAGCAACCUGUCGAUACACGGCGCAACAUGCCAUGCAUGGACGAUGAGCUGCACAGUUACUUUCUACUCGUACAUGACAUAACGGAAGGGCCGCCGAUUGAGGAGGUGCGACGCAUGCUCGCGGCGGUGAAGGCGCAAUACGGCCAUGCGCACUGUGCCGUGGUGAAGAUCAACUCUGUUGUGAACCCACAGGACGUGAAGAACAUGGACCCGUCGCUAUGGAUCGAUGCAAAUCGACUCGCACUUGACGUCCCCUCCCGCUCGGCCGUACAUUUGGCGCAGCCGUCACAACAGACAAAUCAAAUGUCUUCCCCUGGAGACGGCGUUGUGAGGGGCAACAACAACAACAACAGCAGCAGCAGCAGUGGUGGUGGUGGUGGUGGUGGUGAACAAAAACCGGUCAGCGGCUCAUCGAGUGCCACGGUGAAUGUCGUAUUUACUGCUGAGAACAGCAGUUACCCCAAUAGCGAGAAUUCCAGCAGCACACCCGCAUCUCUGCACUUCCCGCGUGUGCACACCAUGUUCGGGAAGUGGCCAAACGGCAUGGCCAAGAUUACCGGCUGCCAUAUGAGUCCAGAGGAUGUGGAAGGCUUGCGUGAUGUUGUGACGUAUUACCUCUCACGAUGUCUCUUCAACUUUCUCGAGCGGAAGCUGCGGGUUUUGGUGCUGACAAUCAAUGAAAAACGUACGACAACAUUUGGUAAGGUCGCCGCGUGGUUCCGUAACAAGGACGAGGUGAAACCCAAGACUGACAGUUGGGUCGCGAGCCACGAUGGCAGCCCCACGAAGUAUCUUGCAGGGUCCUUGGAAAUGCAGAUGCGACGCGCUGCGGAUAUUCUGCUGGCGCUUGCGGACUACGAUUCCGCAAUUAGUUACUACCGGAUGUGCCGCAAUGAGUUGCUCUCGACGGUGUCGUUACGGGAGUUCAAUAAACCGCUCAUUGCGGCUUGCCAGGAGGGAAUUGGUGUGUGUGAAUUUUUGCAGGGUCGUUUGCCGCUACCGAGCCUGGCGCCGUGGAUGACAGGAGGCACGUCGUCUAAAAACAGUGGUGACUGUCGAUUGGAGGUUGCGCAGAAUGACUACGUGGAAUGUCGAGUGCAUACAUACGCUUUCCGCUUGUCCCUCAUGCUUUACGAGUACAGUCGUACACGGUCUCCACCGGCAUUGGAUCGUGCUGCAGCUUCACUGAUACAUGUUCAACGUGUUGGGAUAGCGUACAGAAAUAAGUUGUAUUCCGCAAUAUUACAUGAGCUGCUUGCGUCUGUUUCACUUUUCCUCAAUCCGCCACAACCCGCAGGGAUGACAAUACCGGCCUUGUUACCUAACAAUUUCUUGCUGCGUUCUCAUGUUCGACAGUACGCGCGCCAAAUGAUCAUUGCGGGUAGUGCGUAUCUAGACGACAACCUUAUUGAGAAUGCAUUGCGUUGUUACCUGCGUGCCCUACGUGUGUGUGGCAGUGUUGGACGUCGUGGCAGUUGGCAACUUAUAUUUGAGCACAUUCACACGCUUUUAGCCCACAUGUACCGUAAAAUUGGAAACCAAAUACGCGGGAUGGUUAUGGCGUCCAUCGCCGUUUCUAUGGCGACGCCUAUGUACAGUAAUCUGCGUACAGGACUUCGCAACUUUGAAUCAUUUUGGAGUCGGCAGCGACAGGUAAUGGAGAAUCUCGGCUACAAAAUCUGCCCACACAUGGUUGCGCCAUGUAUUUUGCCGGAGUCCAUUCGCGUCAGCGCAAAUGCGUUUCAUUGUGAUGAAGUGACAAGGCAGGAGUCACAGGUGGUGAGUGAUGAGCUGGCGGAGGUGGAAUGGCACAAGAUGGAAGACAAACUACGGCAGCAUUACACGGGAUACGCAUCCAGUUCUCCACGCCACCAGCUGAAUUUUCGAGAGGAGAUUAGAAAGACGCAGCGAGAUAAUGCCGUGGUAUGUAUGCGGCGUUAUUCGAUGCACCUCACAGAACCAUUGGAAAUCACUGUAACGCUGCGGAAUCCCAUUGGUGGUCCGCUUACGGCAGAGAAACUCUGUCUCUUGUAUGUUGCUAAGCAAAAACCCGAUCAGUUGUGGAAGAGCGCCUCUUCUCAAACCGUGGAGUUACAGGCAGCGGAGUCAAAAUCCGUCACCAUAUCCUUCUCACCAAGUGAAGAAGGCACGUACGUCAUCAUUGGGUUCUGUUGGACGCUUAUGGGAUUAGAGGGGUAUUAUUACUUCGCCACGGAAACUUACAAGGCGAGUGACGAUGGCAGCAGCGAUAAUAGAAUUGGGGCCUUUGAGUAUGCCGUGGAGCACCCCAUGCCGAACGUGAAUUCACCGGCAAACAUGGAAAUUGAGGUUGCCCCGCCACAGGCGUGGAUCACUGCACGGCUGGACCCCGAACUUCCACCCUUCAUGCGGGACGGAGAGUAUUGCCAGACAACACUUGUCUUGACAAACGGGAGUUCAUACCGCACGGCACGCAGCAUUACAUUGCAACGCAGUCCGAAGAAUGCCCAUGUAGUCUGGAUGGAGCCUUUUGGCUUGGAGCGUAAUAUCGAUGCAGAGGCAACAUUUGUGUUGGAACAAGAACUUGCUCCAAAGACAAGCCUCACAUUGCCAAUGACGGUGCAAGCCCAUCAUAGCCAGGACUCAUCAUCGCGGUGCAAAAAUAACGUUUUUUUCCUUGUGGGAUACAUCUCAGGAACCGCAAAGGAAGAAGAUGCGCUCCCUUCUUUUUCUUCUUCCUCUUUUUUGGCGUCUUUGCGUUUUCAUCGAUUUUUUCGUCGUGUUGUUGUAAAAUCGGCUAUUUUGCUUUCAUCCAUGGUAUUGCCUCCUGCUAAUGUGACCAUGGCAACGGCAGUACUUAUCACGGCUAGUAACGUGUCCGAGGCACGAGAGCCACCAGUACGGGUGUCGCGUGUGAUGGUCAUUCACAGACCGCGAUGGCGUGUUGUCCCCACUUCUCUUGGGAAUCUUCUUGCAGAGAACGCGUUGGAUUGCAUCUUGUCAUCUGGUGGUGCCUUGUGCGUCCCGCUGAGCGUGGUGAGUGAAACACCAUCAUCAAAGGCAACACACACGGAUGCGACCGUUGUCCAUUCACGUAAGCUAAUAGAGGAGGUGUGCAUCCCACUCUCGUCGACGCUCGCUGCAACCUCGAGACGCAUCAUGGUGGAGGAAAAUAUCGGCGCCGGCGUUGUGGACUCCGAGAUGAAUUCAUACUUCAUGCGCUGCAGCUUCCGUGGGCCCGGGACCAUUGGUGAAGUGAAGGUUCCUGAAGGUCUUCCAUUUUACUUAGACAAGGCAGGCGCUGCGGGAAAAUCGGCAGGCAGUGACGAGGGUGCAGCCCAGAAACAAGAAGAGCAAAUUUAUCAUCCCCAUCACCAGCAAACACAGCGCCACUCAACAACGGUGGUCCCAGUUGUGGAGCCCUUUACACCCAUUUGUGUGGCGGUGGUUUGGGCGGUUGAGGAGAGGGGGCGGAUGUACAGCGGACAAAUGUUCCACUUUGUCGAUCCCGUUUGUUUCCUUUCAUCUUGUGAGUUUUCCGUGGGUGAAGCACACGAUAGACUGCAGGAGCAUCUCUGUGACUCGAUGAUAAAAGAUCAUACUCUUCAUCCGCAUCAUGGCGCAAUGUUCUACCACGUCGAAGUGCCGCAUACUGUGGAGACAACAGCGGACAACCCAGAUGUUGCCAUUAUUCCCGUCACGGUACAUUGUCGUUCGCUAGCCGCACAUCCUCUUCUUGUGACGGUGAAGACCACGAUGCCCGGUAGCCCUGAUGCUCUUCCGUCGCCCAUGUUGUCUCCUGUGCCUCUCACCUUUGUAGGGAAAACGAGUGUUGGGUUUUUGCUUUUACCCCAUGAAACUCAUCUGCUAAACUUCACGGCGUGCGCCUUUGCACCCGGUGUGGCGGAGUGCAAUCACUUUCAGGUGAGCGCUGUGGCACUGAAGCCCCCACAAGGUGAGACAUGCGGUUCAUGGAGGACAGGCACCUCGCAAAGCGCCUUGAUGAAACUCCUUGGAGAAAAUACAUCAUGCCUUGGAAGGAAUCCGAGCAUGACGGCAGGAGUAAGAGGUGGAGAAAUAAACGUUAGCGGUGGUGAUGGAAACAAGUGUGUUAGUAGUGGCGGUAAGGAUCAUUUAGGUGGUGUUGAAGAUUUAUUGAGGGAUGGCGUUCAAACGGUCAUUCUUGGCCACGGCAUGGCAGCCAUCACACAUGUUCUUUUUGUAUCCUUUUCAGUGGAGACCAGGAGGGUAGCAGCUGAGACGGUGGCUGCGAGGGCAAGGGCGUACCAAGAGGACGCCAAGAUAUAUGAGAAACAAUACAGGGAGUUUGAACACCGAAGAGCUCUUCUGAAUUUUUCUUCAGGCACAACGUUUCAAAAGGCAGAUGAUUUACUGGUGUUGUAUCCUCCCCGGGCACGCAAACUGGUGGAGGGGACACAGGACACGCCACAUGGCGCAGCUAUUGGUGUUUCAAUUGGGUCUGUGGGACAGGCCGACCCGUCGCCGUGGCAUGGAGACCGUGAAAUUUUAAGGGGAAUUGUCGGGUCGACCAGUGCAGUCAUGUUGGAGGCUGUUGGAACGACGUCCUCCUUGGUGACAGAUGGGGUUGUAGAAGUAGUCGCCGACGUUGAGGAACAAGAGAAUCAGGAGGGGCUACAAAACGUAACCGUGCCGUUGGAAGAUACGUCGAAAUCGGGAACGGAUGUAAGCUGUUCAAGCACAACGAGUACAGAUAUGUCCCUGGAAUCUACUGCAGAGCAAAAUCCAAACACUUCAUCGGAGGAGGUGUACCACACGACGCAGCAACAGUAG